UUCGACCGCCCACAAAAGAGGAAAGAGGGAGAAGGGGAAAUAUUGAUCUAUGCAUACGCAGCAGGAUUAGGGUUUCGUGGUCGUCGUCGUCGUCUCUCUCUCUCUCUCUCUCUCUCUCCUCUCGAUUUCGCCGGGGAUUUUCUGGAUCGAGCUCUAAUGGCGAGGAAUCCGGCUUGCUCUGUCUACAUAGGUAAUUUGGAUGAGAAGGUGAGCGAGAAAGUCUUGUAUGAGAUUCUUGUUCAAGUGGGUCGAGUAGUGGACCUACAUAUACCUCGGGAUAAGGAAACUAACCGUAUGAAGGGCUAUGCUUUUGCUGAAUAUGAAACCGAGGAGAUUGCAAAUUAUGCUGUUAAGCUUUUCUCUGGCCUCGUCUGCCUUCAUAAUAAAAUGCUUAAGUUUGCUAUGUCCGGGCAAGACAAAUUCCCACAAAACAACAGUACUUCACUCACUCCUCAGGCAAAUGGUCCUCUAACGAAUAAUGAACCGAGUCCCGUGCCUGUGCAGUCACAAGACAAAUGGCCGUCAGUUUCUACACAGUCAAUGGGCAACUAUGGGGACUCAUCUAGCAACUAUCCUGUUUCCCCUGUUUACCCUCAAGUGUCUCCUAAUGGAUUAGGUGGGCUCAGCAGCAGCAAUUAUGAAUAUAGUAGGCGUGUUCUUGGGGCUGUGUUGAAUGAUGUCAGUCAUCCUGCCACCAGGCGUCCUGCAACAUAUCCGUCUUACUAACAUUUAGGUUACUAUAGACAGGGUCAAAAGAGUUUAUUCUCUUCUUUGUGGCAGCUACAGGAAUCUUUGGCACGGGAAUACUGUUGUUUCAAGGUGAGAUGUUCCUUAUGUUAUUUGUUAUGUUAUUAUGCUACUUAUUUGGAGAUCCUUGUUUGCAUUAGUAGUAGACAAUUAUCCUUAAGGUUGAUGCUGAGGAUAUCACCCUGAUUCCUGGCAUACGAACACCCUGAGUGUUGUCCAUGUAUGAAAGCUUUAAUCAUUUGUAGUGUUAGAUGCAUGGUUUUUCUGAAGGAUUGCAGGUUGUGCUUCUUUUUCUUUUUCUUUUUCCUUUUUUAUGCAUAGAGUUGAGAAUGUGUUCUUUUCAUGUUCUGACCUUGUUGGCAUGGUUCAACCUUUUCGGGAUCCUUGUUUACACUAGAAGCAGAAAAUUAUCCUUGUGAUACCGAGGAUAUUAUCCUGAUUUCUGGCAUACAAACACCCUGAGGAUUGUCCAUGUAUGAAAGCUUUUAUCAUUUGAAGUGUUAGAUGCAUGAUUUUUCUAAAGGAUUGCAGGUUGUGAUUGAUUAUUAUUGCUUCCCCCCCAUUUUUAUGCACAGAGUUGACAAUGUAUUCUUUUCGUGUUCCGACAUUGUUUGCAUAAAUCAACCUUUUUGGGAUCCUUGUUUACACUAGAACCAGAGAAUUAUCCUUGUGGUGAUAGCAAGGAUAUUGUCCUGAUUCCUAGCAUACAAACACCCUGAGGAUUGUCCUUGUAUGAAAGCUUUAAUCAUUUGAACUGUUUGAUACAUGAUCUUUUAAAGGAUUUCAAGGUGUGAUUGAUAUAUUUUUUUGUUUUAUCAUUUCUAUGCUUAAAGUUGAGAAUAUGUUUUAUAGUGUUUCAACCUCUUUCACAUGGUUCAACCUUUUAUUUCUUUUCUAAGAGUUGAGAAAGCUUCCUGAAUGGUUUGAUGGAGUUAAGGGUCUUGUUAUUCAACGUCAUGCUAAUUCUACUUGGUUCAAUAUAGUCACAGUUGUAAUUCUAAGGAUAUUUGUAUGCGGUUAAUGAUUUAUAUUGAGGUCUGGUUGAUUUGUGCUCUUUCAA